UUUAAAUGGAGUUGAAAGUCAAGGUAUAUUCUGAGGGGUCGAGUAAGAACUGUAUAUCCGGUUUUUCUGACAUUCAGCAUUCAUGUUUGAAAUAGAUCCAAGUAUAACGCCUGAAAACUUGUUACAAUUCUUGAACAAUAUCAGCGGUGCAAGCGACAGUCAAGAUGAAGACGAAGAUAAUGACGAAGAGGAAGCAGAAAGGCAAAAUGAGCAGCAACUAAGCCAAAGUCGACAAAGUACAAGUGUGAAUACAAAUACAACCGAUGAGGUAGAAAUGACAGAAGCAACUACAUCAAAUACGAGUACUGAGCCUGUGUCAACAACACCAGUCGCUAUCGAUAAUACUAAUGUUGUCAGUCAAUCGUCUGCAACUACUUCAGUUGCACCUACGAGUGAUAAUGCCGUUACAAAUAACGGUAGCAGUAACGCUGGUUAUCAGGCCACACCAGAGCAAUUGCAACAAAUGCGUGAAAUCCUUGCAGGUUUUCAAAAUAAUCAAGAUAUGGCACCUAUUAGUUUGAAUGACAUAUUAACAACGCAGACAUUAACACCGCUAUUAAACGACCCUGAGCUUUGUUCAUCUUUAUUUCCAUUCUUACCACAGGAGAGUGAACGAUCAGCGGAAGAGGUGAAACAAAUUGUGAGAAGCUCACAGUUCAGCCAAGCGUUACAAUCUUUAAGCGCUGCACUUAACACAGGUCAAUUAGGUCCUUUGUUAAUUGAAUUAGGAUUACCCUCUUCAGCGGGUAAUAGCGUUGAGUCCUUUUUGAGAGCUAUUAGCGAACAAGCCAAGAAUAAAAAGCAACAGAACGAUGCUAUGGAUGAAGAUUAAAAAACGAAUGAUGCUUUUGUAGACGUAGCGUACAUUUCAGUAUAUAGUAUCGACAAUAGAUUAUUUUGUCAAGCAUUGUAAGAAUAAAAUCGACUCGCCCAGUAUACUCUUAUAGAAUAACGGUCUCUCUACUCUCAUAGAUCAUUAGCCGUAUAAAUUGCGUUGGUAUAUUUUAUUCACAUGCUCCCUUAAAGUUCUAUUUAAAUGAUUUUUCAGAAAGAAAAGGUCAUUGAUAAUAUGGUAUAGGUGGAGUCUCUAAAAUAAUCAUCUUUCCUUGAAGCAUGUGAGUUGUUAUAUGACAAUGGACAGCCCAAAAGCCGGGAUUAUUCUAGAGAUUAAAUGAGAAAAAAAAAAAAGGGUUUAAAUAAAAGAGAUAUCACAG